UUUCCCACCAGAAUCGGAAAAACGUAUUUUCCCGCCAAAACCGAGAAACAUAUUUUUUCCGCCAAAACCGGAAAACGCAUUUGCCCACCGAAACCGCAAAAAAAUAUUUUCCGCCAAAAAUGCAAUAAUACACUUUUACCGUAAAAACGCAAAAAUGCACAUUUCCCGCCAAAACCGCAAAUUGCAUUUUCCUGCCAAAAUCGCGAAAAAAAACUUUUCCCGUCAAACCCGCAAAACGCAUUUUUUCGUCAAAAACACAUUUUCCGCCAAAACCGCAAAACGUACUUUUACGACAAACCAAGAAACGUAUUUUCCGCCACACCCAUAAAAACGUAUUUUCGCCAAAACCGUAAAAAUGCCUUUUUUUCGUCGAAACAUAAAAAAAUAUAUUUUAGUCAUUUUAUUAACAAGUCCACCUAGAUGCAGAUACAAGUUAAAAAAACGAACAGAGCUGCAUUCAGAUGAAGCAUCUGGAUAAGACAUCUAGAUGUACAAACGAACAGGACUAGAUUUUAAAAUCUCAUAACAAAUUAUUAAAACAUUUAUUUUUUGAAUUAAAUAUAAAAAAACUCAAAAAUAUAUCUAUUUAAAGCUUUCGAAAUAAUAAACAAAUAAGAUCAAAAUAUUUGUUUGGGAAGCAGUUAGUGGAGCUCUUUCUGUGAUUGAUACAAGAUGUCAGAUCUGCGGUUUGGAAAGAGAGUCUAUAAAUCAUCUGCUAUUCACUUGCACUUUGGCUAGGCAAUAUUGGGCUACCAAUAACUUUCCUAUGCAUCUUUUAGGUUUCUCGUCUUCCUCGGUUUACUACAACAUCUUCUAUGUUCUGAAAGCAAGAGAAACCCUCUCUAUCCCUUUGAACAUAAGAAGAGCUGGCCCUUAGAUCAUCUGGAGUAUUUGGAAGAACAGAAACUCCUAUUUCUUCGAAGGGAGUGUAACAAGAGCACCAAACCUUCUUAGCAAAGUUAAAGAGGAGGUUAAUCACUGGUUUAUUAUUAAGUCAAUAGAAAAGAAGAAAAAUCUAUUGAUCUUGAAAGAAAGAAGAGAAUCAUAUUUAGUUGGAAACCUACCCUUUUAGAUUUGCUCAAAUACGACACUGGUUAUGCUUGGAACAAGUACAAAAUGAAAGUGGUGCCUCUUGGGUCCUCAUGAACAAUGAGGGGAAGGUUCUAUUGCAUAGUAGAAGAUCUUUCUCGGGGAUUAUCAGCCGUAUGGAUGCUUCUUUUGAAAGUUGGUUAUGGGCAAUUGAAAGCCACAAAAGUCUCCAUUUUUAUUCGAUUACUUUUGCAAGUGAAGACCAUGAUCUAAUUACUGCAGUUACUAAACCUUCUGCUUGGCCCUCUCUCAAAUUCUAUCCAGAUAGGAUCUGUCUUCAGCUUAAUGAUUUUUUGGAUUGGCGGGUUCAAUUUCUGAAAUGCUGUGAUAUCAAAGUUGCUUUUCUUAUUGCUGAUAGUGUAAUUCAAGAGGACCGGUUUCAAUCUUACAUUGCUGCAGGAUAUCUAUCUUGGUUAAAGCAUCUCUUUUUGUAGCCUUAAGAUCUAUGUGAUAUGUCUAGAUUAGAGCUGAUCCUUUUCUCUGUUCUAUUAUUGUAUGGUCCUCUGUUCUUGUAAUUCCCCAAUCUUUUUAAUGAAAAAGUGUUAAAAAGACUCUCUAAGUUAUGGUUUGCACUCAUGUCCGAAACUAUCAAUAUAUCGCUUAUAUUUCAUUAUGAGCAGCUUUGUACAAGUCUGUUUGUUAAUGACUCUGAUCAUGAUUUUUUUAAGACUGGUUAUAUCACCAUGUCUUCGAGAGUUUUGUUAGUUCUAUAUAGUGUACUAAAUGAUUUUUUCCGUGUUGAUGCAUACAGGGCCGGCUCAAGUAAUUUAUGGGCCCUUGGACAAAAAGAAAUUUCAAAAAAAAAAUUACAUAUACUUUAUGGAUAAUUUAAAAUUUUUGAACCUCUUUUUUUAAUUUUUUUUCUUUAAAAUCGAGCCCCAUUUUAACACUAAUUAUGCAAAAACCAAAUUGGGCCCUGGGCCCACGCCCCCUGGGCCCACGCCCCCCUUGCCCUAGUACCUAAGCCGGUCCUGGAUGCAUAAUAUAUGUAUCUUCAAAUAUAUAAUUUAUAAUAAUUAAUUAACUCAUAUUUUUAUUUUAUUUUUAUAGGUUUUAAAUUAUUUUACAAUUUAUAUGUAUGGAAAAUAUGAAUUUUUAUAACAAACAUAUGAUUUUUGCUUUAUAUACAAACAUAACAAAUACCUUUUGGGUUAUAUGAAACUGGCUUUGUUCAUCUCAAUUAAACCAUCAAAGUUUCAUGUAUCUAAAUAUUUUAAAACUAGAUUAACUUUUUUUUUGCAUUUAAUUUAGUUAAUUGUUUUGAAUUCAUAAUAUAUAUUUAUUUUUGUAAAAUUACGUAUAAUUUGAUAUAUGUCAUUUUGGGAAAUAAUUAGAAAGGUGUUGUCGGUUUGGAGUUGCACAAGUGAACAUAAUCGGUAAUCUUUUGAAAAUUUAUGCAUGUAUAGAAAUAUUUUUGACCAAACUAAAUCGUAAUAAUUGUGGAAGCACCGUAGUCUACUGGUUAAGGUUUAAAGACUUCUACAUCCAGGACUAUGCAAUUUCUUGCAGAUUACAGGAAAUCUAGUUUUCAAGUCUCGGAGAGAGCGAUUUAUUAAUGAAGACGACAGAAGAAAUCUUCAUAGGAUGGCUCAGAUGAUGCAGUUACGCGUAGAUCUUCAUAAAACCUGUAGUAUUGUCGGUUGUCGAAUCAUCUAUGUAAUGUUUCUCAUAAAUGUAAUGUCCUAAUAAAUCAGCGUUAUAAAAAAAAAUCGUAAUAAUUUAUUAAUAUUUUUUCCACUUUGUGUUAGUUUUUAAUCGUUUGUAAUUACAUGCAUACAAAUAAAUAGAAGACUAUUCUAAUAAUAAUAAAUCUAUGAUUAGUUAGGCCUCUGAUUUUGAAUAUAAGAACCUUGAUCGAUUCACUUACCCAUUGUUUGGGUACAUUGAGUUUUACAUAUUCGUCUAAAAUAAACCACAAUUAGUUUUUGUUCUAAUUAGGUUUAAAACUGAUUGAUUUUAUUGCAUCUAUUUUAGUUUUAAGUUUUAGAUUAUGGUGCUAAUAGUGUUCUGCUUCGGUUGGAACGGGUGUAGGUUCUGCGUGCCGCUGAGCCAUUUCAAGGUCUUCACCAACUUGCUUUAUGUUUCAGUGGAUAGAUGAUCUUCAGGCCUGCCUUGGAGCUAAUGGUAUGGUUCCAUAUCUUUUAAGUUGGAGAUUUUUUAGGUCUUUCUUUCAAGUUGCAAUCAUAGUUUCGGGUUCACGAAUCUAAGACUCGUCGGAAAUUUGAGUAUUCGCUUACUUAAUUUCUGUGUAUUUUAGGCUCUAGUGUUUUGUCCAAUUAGUUUGUUUAUCUCUUGUUGUAUUUUGGAAGGAGUAUGCUCUUUUCUCACUCAUGGCUCCGAAGGAAUUUUGAUGGCUCUUGGCUUUGGAAAGACUGAUGUUUUUGCUAAUUAUUAUACUUCAUUUUAUGUUUUAAUAUAAUCUACUAGAUGACAAAAAAAGUAAUAGAAUUCCAAACUCUUCACUUAUUGACCUCUGAUCAAGCCAUUCGACUAAAUCCUACUAUGAAAAGGUAGUUUAGCUCAGCUAACUUUGUCGCACGUGAUUCAUGUGUUUUUUGGCCUUGUCCUCUGCUCAUCAAUUUCUAUUCUUUUCAUCGUCGGCGUCGUAUAUUUGGAUUCAUAUUUAUGUAAGUUAAUUAGUUAUAACCAAUAAACAUAUACUAAUACUAAUGAAGGUUUGCAAUUCAGAAGGCGCCUUGUUUUUCUCUUUUGUGUAUACAAAAUUUGUUUUACAAAUUAAUGAUAUUGAAACUAUUAUAUUUAAUCUAUGCAGUUAAUAAUUUAAAUUUUUUUUUUGUCAAAAAUAAUUUUCUUUUAGAUUCAUAUUUUUAAUUGAUAAUUUAUUUAAGUUGUAUUCAUACAAUUCUACAUAUAAAUUAGACUUCAUAGAAUUAAUUUUUGAUCUAUUUUGUAUUAGAUUAUUUGGUGUUUUUGUUGUAUUGGGACACUUACGUAUUUUAGAAUAUACAUGUUUUGAUAAAACAGAAUAUUUUGAAGUGAUAGAAACAGAGAUAAUUUUUAUACUGAAAAUAAUUAAUCUAAUAUUUUUAUUUAUUUUUAUAUAAACUUUAAUUAUAUUAGUUAAUAACUUAAGACUUCAAAAUAUUAUAUUAACGUCUUGUCUUAUAUUUCAAAUUAGUAUAACUUGGAAUUGAAGAGAGUAUUAGUUUUUUUGGUAAAAAUUAGAAUUUAUAAUGUAUUCUCAAGUUUCAACUAUAUUAGUUUCUUUUAAAGGGUUGAAAGUGAAGGAAAACAAAGUUGAAAGCAGAGAAAUGACCACAAUGCUAAAAAUGUGUAUAUAUAAAUCACAAGUCUCCUUCAUCAUUAUCAUCAUCAUUUUUAGGAAAACUAAAUGGCUACUAUUUGGUUUCUAUCACUUCUCUUCGUCACUAUCCUUCUUCUCGCCGCCUUUAAACGCAAGAAGCAGCAACGACGACCACCAUCUCCUCCUGGUUUACCGAUCAUCGGAAACUUACACCAGCUCGGGGAGUUACCGCAUCAAUCCCUGUGGAAACUCUCCAAAGAGUAUGGUCCUGUUAUGUUUCUGAAGCUUGGAAGCAUCCCAACUGUAGUACUAUCUUCCUCUGAAACAGCUAAACAAGCUCUGAAAAUUCAUGACCUCCAUUGUUGUAGCCGUCCAAGCUUAGCAGGGCCAAGAGAGCUCUCUUACAAUUAUCUGGACAUUGCUUUUGCUCCCUAUGAUGAUUACUGGAAAGAAGUUAAGAAACUGUGUGUGCAAGAAGUCUUUAGUCCUAAACGAGUUCACACGAUGCAACCCAUCAGGGACGAGGAAGUCAAGAAGCUGAUAGACAUAGUCACCAAAUCAGCUCAAGAGAAAACACCAGUUAACUUGAGCGAGAAGUUUCUUUCUUUAACCGUUGGCGUGAUUUGCAGGGCAGCAUUUGGUGUGAGUUUCCAUGAAACUGUACUCAACAGCGAUAGAUUCGACAAGUUCAUCAACGAGGCAUUUUUGUUUCUUGGGAGCUUCUCUGCCUCGGAUUUUUUCCCAAACGGCGGCUGGAUCGUCGACCGGCUCACCGGCUUACAAGGGAGGAGAGAGAGGAGUGUGAGAGAUCUUGAUGCUUUCUAUGAACAGAUGUUUGACCUACAUAGAGAGGAAAAAGAAAAGGGAAGUGAAGAUUUUGUGGAUCUGCUCUUGAGGUUUCAGAAAGAAGAAUCUGUUCUUGGAUAUGGGAAGCUCACAAGAAACCAUGUCAAAGCAAUCUUAAUGAAUGUUCUUAUUGGGGGCAUAGGCACUUCUGCAAUAACAAUGACGUGGGCAAUGACAGAACUUAUGAGAAGCCCAAGAGCAAUGAAGAAACUGCAAUCAGAAAUCAGAAAUCAAAUUGGGAACAAGUCAAUGAUCACCUUGGAUGACAUAGAGCAGCUCCACUACCUAAAAAUGGUAGUCAAAGAAACAUGGAGGCUACACCCUCCAGCACCUCUUAUAGUUCCAAGAGAAGUAAUGUCUGAAUUUGAGAUCAAUGGCUACCAGAUUCAACCCAAGACACGGCUUUAUGUGAAUGUUUGGGCUAUAGGGCGUGAUCCUGAUACCUGGAAAGAUCCAGAUAUGUUUCUCCCUGAAAGAUUUAUUGAUAACAACAUUGACCCAAAAGGGCAGAGUUUUGAGUUAUUGCCAUUUGGGGCUGGCAGGAGACUAUGUCCAGCAAUAUACAUGGGGACAUCAAUGGUGGAGUUUGGUCUUGCUAAUAUGUUGUUUCAUUUUGACUGGAAAUUACCAGAAGACAUGGAGGUUGAAGAUAUCGACAUGGAAGAGUCUCCUGGACUAAAUGUGAGCAAGAAAAAUGAACUUUUACUUGUUCCUGUGAAGUAUGUAUAUAAUUGAUCACUUUAAACUAAGUCUUUCAUGACUUUACAAUAAAUUGUUGCAUCCAUUGUACUAUGAAACUACAUCUUGUGUCCCAUUGUAUCUUGUCUUGCUAAUCUAACAAUGUUGUAUGAAAGGGAAAUUAAAAAAAAAAUGGAUGUAGAGACAGAAAAUGUAACGUGAUUUGACA